AUGCGAGAAAUUAGACAGCACUUAUUGUCCUUUUUGUUGCUGUUUUUGGGUUGCGCCUGUGUCGCGAGAGGAUACGUGAACCCGAUCGAGGUGGAAGGUAAGCAUUUUAUCGAUUCUGUGACUAAGCAGCCAUUUUACAUCAAAGGUGUGGAUUAUCAGCCCGGCGGAUCUUCUGAUGUGACCAGUGAUAAGGAUCCGUUGUCUGACCCAGACACUUGUGUUCGUGAUAUUGUGCUGUUCCAAGAGCUCGGUAUCAACACUAUCCGGAUAUACUCAGUUAACCCGGAUCUUGACCAUGACAAGUGUAUGUCCCUGCUGGCGGCGGCUGGCAUUUACUUGAUUUUAGAUGUGAACUCUCCUCUGGAAAAUCAGCACUUGAACAGGUACGAGCCUUGGACCACCUACAAUGAGAUCUAUCUCGAGCAUGUUUUCAAAGUUGUCGAACAGUUUUCGCAUUAUAACAAUACGCUUGGAUUCUUUGCCGGUAACGAAAUCAUCAAUGAUGAGGAAUCGGCAAAGCGCGCACCUCCUUACGUGAAGGCCGUUGUCCGGGACAUGAAAGAUUAUAUCAAGGCUCACUCAGCCAGACCAAUCCCAGUGGGUUACUCCGCGGCAGACGAUCUCGAUUAUAGAGUGCCUCUGUCGUCUUAUCUGGAAUGCUGCGAGAACGUCGACGAGGAUAUUAGCGUCGACUUCUACGGAGUCAAUUCGUACCAAUGGUGUGGAACUCAGACUAUGGAGUCUUCAGGCUACGAUAAACUUGUUGAAGCAUAUAAAAAUUACACGAAACCAGUCUUCUUUUCCGAAUUCGGCUGUAAUAAGGUUCUUCCACGGCAGUUCAACGAGAUUGAAGCGCUCUAUUCAAAGGAAAUGUACGCUGUGUUCAGCGGAGGUCUUGUUUAUGAAUUCACCCAGGAAUCUAAUAACUACGGGUUGGUUGAGCUGGAUUCAGAUGGUGCUGUCCGCUUGUUGAAAGAUUUUGACAUGUUGAAGAAACACUACGACAAUACUAAACUUCCUACCGCUGAUGAUGUUACCAAAGCUGCUGCCGCCGAUUCCUCCGUACUCGGUCAGAAGGAUGCGUUGGAGAAGGUACCUAUAUGUGAGAAGAGCUACAAGAAUUUGGGCAUAAGCGGGAAGGUCGCAGAUGGAUUGGCGAGUGACUUCAUCAAAAACAGCGUGGAUAUAAUGAAAGGACAUUACGUCAAUUUAGAGGAGAACGAUUUUACUACCACUUACGACAUUUUUGACUCCAAUGGAAACAAUUGGGCAGGUUCUAAAACAAUUAGACAAGUCAAUAGUAUAGACGCCACUGAGCCACAGACAAAACCUGGCGGGAGUAGCAGUGCUAGCGAUGGAGGUAGCAGUAGUGAGGCCAGCGCUAAUGGAGCGAAUGGCAAAAAGAACGCUGGAUCGGCUCCGGUGUCCCCAGUUACAGCCAUUGCUAUUUCAGCAUUUCUCAUUUUGAUCAACUUUUUUUAG